UGGGCUUUUCCUGAUGCAUCCCAUCGCGGGAACAAAGGAAUUCAUGGCCGUCGAAUAUGCCAUGGGUUAUUAUUUACACGCCAAAGUACCCUUGCUUCAGAAUGAUCCCUUGACAUGGUCAGUAGACACUGACCGUCACGUCAUCUUCAACUACUACCAUGAUGCGGAGUCCGUGGCAUGGAUCUAUCUAUGGUUUCUCUAUCAUCGUUUUCCGUCGUCCAUCUACGAAGUAUUGACGCCGAAUAAGCGGGCUGAGCUGCGGACGCUUUACGAAGGGGGAGGGGUGUACUUUUGGAAUGGAGCGGACUCCAGACUUCCCGUCACCAUCGGCAAGGCGUCGAUACUCGCCAGACGUUUUCAGAACAUCUAUCAUGGGAAUGAGGAAUUGGUAACGCCGCUUAUGCUGUUUCUGCACCUCCGAGAAGCGUACCGAAAUCUCGAGAAGGAACCUCAGCAACCUCCUACACAGGAUGGUUGUUCCCAUUGGCCGAGAUCCUUAUUUUCCCUCGAAUUAUACGAAACCCGCAUUGCUCAUUUACAGCAGAUACUUGAGAUACAGAGCAGUCGGGGUAACCUUGCGGUUCCAGUCAAGCCCACUCGUAUAUUGUUGGAGUCUGAAAGACAACAUUGUAAUGGCGUACAUACCAUGCACCUUUGAAUUUGAUUGCGGCUCUCAACUUCUCAUUUCAGCCCGGGAAAUAUUCGCGUUCGCUUUCAAGAGGAUCACCGAUGGUAUCUACUGGAAGAGGUGGAGCAGGAAACAUUAGGAACCCUCAGUCAGGAACAAGUCCCCAUCGUCGGACACCAUGAACUUUUCGAGGCUCUGAAACGACUUCGACGACACACACAGUUCUUUUUUCAGGUAAUCAUUAGUCUCCAGUGCAACAACAUGUAUCAUUAUCAAUAUCGGAACCAAAAAAAUCCCAUUCUACAACAA